ACUCCGAUUUGUUGCUUUUUAAAAAUACACUACCAUCAAAAACCCAUCCUAACCCCCUUCUCCUCCUCUGGCUCUGUGACGCCCGAUCCUAAGAAGAAUCGCCAUGGAUGCUGAAGGUGACCCUCCAACAAGAUCGCGAACCGAAAGGCACAAGUGCUUUGCAUGCUACAAGCAAUUCAAGAAAAAAGAACAUCUUGUUGAGCACAUGAAGAUUUCCUACCACACACCUCAUCAGCCUAAAUGUGGGGUCUGCCAAAAGCACUGCAAAUCUUAUGAAUCUCUGAGGAAUCACCUUACUGGCCCAUUAUCAAGGGCUAGUUGUUCGAAGACUUUCGCUGCCCAAGGUUGUGAUCUCUGCUUGAAACUCUAUGAUAGCCCCAGUUCUCUUGGCAAGCAUAGAGAAAUAUGCCACCUAUGUACGCCUGCUUCCCUUGGAACAAAGAUAUUGCCUUCUGCAGGAUCUGUUGAUGAAAAGUACACCACCAAAGGUGCAAAAGCCAUUGCUAUCAACUGUGGAUUGGUUGGGGGUGGAACCGAUGGAUCACUUGACCUUUGCGCAAGGGUGUGUCUGGUUGAUGAAGAUGAAAAUAUUAUUUUCCAUACAUAUGUUCAACCUCAAAGUGCUGUUACUGAUUAUAGAUACGAAAUAACUGGAUUAACUGAAGAGCAUCUAAGAAAUUCGAAGUCUCAUAAGGAAGUACAAGACAGAAUUCUGGAAAUUUUGUACAAUGGAGAAUCUGCUAGGAGACUAAUGUCAGACAGUGGAAAGGCUAGACUGCUUGUGGGUCAUGAUUUGAAGCGUGGUUUGGAUUGCUUGAGGAUAAACUAUCCUGGUCAUUUGCUGAGGGAUACUGCAAAAUACCGACCAUUGUUGAAAACUAACCUGGUUAGCCACUCGCUCAAGUACCUCACCAAAACAUAUCUUGGGUAUGAUAUCCAGACAGGGGAACAUGAUCCAUACGUAGAUUGUGUUUCUGUUAUGAGACUGUACAAGAGAAUGCGUGCUCAAGAUCAUCAAGUUAAAGGAAUUGGAACUCCAAAUUCAGACAGCGGUUUUGAAUCCCAGAAAGCAGAGGAACUCGAGAACAUGACCCCAGAUGAGCUAUACCAGAUCUCAAAGUCAGACUACAAAUGCUGGUGUCUAGAUUCAAAUAUAGCAGCAGGGUGUAACAGUUGAUUUUUUGUUUCACAUAUGUUGAUCCUUGUGCACUCAGCGGGGCAAUAUUUUGCUGCUCAAAGAAAUAGUAAUGACGUGAUGUGCUGCUAGGUAUGAAGGAUUGGUGUACAGUUUUUGCUGUAAUGCAAAGUGAAGCAUAUAUUUGCAUAGUUGUUUAUAUAUGUUUGUUUACAUUUCUUGAAAUCUAAAGCAAACGGGGGAGUUUCUGAUAU